GACUGGCUCUUCUCCUGCCUAGCCGGACCUGUACGUGGUUUAGGGCUUACCCUCUCUAAACCAACCGUGGUGUUUGAGAGUGUUUGCGAGAGCAUCCUGGAGAUGGAGAAGAAAGGAGACCUCGUGCUAGGUUUUGAGGAUGAGUCUGGUCAGCCCGUGUCUGCCCUUUCCAUCCUCUCACUUCUGGAACGUGUCUCUACCAUCAUCGAUGGCGUUCAGGCCAGCCAGCAGCGCAUGGAAGAACGACAACAGCAGCUUGAGACAUCGGUUACUGCCGUCCAAUCCGAGCUUUCUAAGCUGGCCCAGAACCACGGUGCUACUGCGACCACCGUGGACAAGCUGCUGCAGAAAGCCCGGCGUGUGAGCACUCAUGUUAAGGAGGUGCGUUCGCGUGUGGAGAAGCAGAAUGUUCGUGUGAAGAAAGUAGAGACUACACAGGAUGAACUUCUUACCAGGAACAGGUUCAGAGUGGUCAUCUAUCAGGGUGAGGCUGAAAUUCCCUCAGUUGCGGUGACAAAAACCCCUAAGGGAGAAUCGCUGGCCAAUCUAGAGGUAGAACCCGACGAAUACGAAAUCCCUGCAGACCUUUCAUCUGAUGAGGAGUACAUGGUAGACGAAGCAGAGACGUCGCGGGCAGAGCGGCUGAAGCAGAGCGGCCUGAAGGGGAUCGAGAACAUCAAGGCAGCGUUCUCCAAAGAGAACAUGAACAAGACCCGCGACCGAACUCGUGAGAACCUCAGCAAGACGAAAGAUAAUCUGAGCAAGACAGGCCAAACUCUAGGCACCAAGUUCAACAAUAUAGGAGAAAAGAUCAUUUCUACCGAGCAGCGGGAGAAGAUGCGUCAGGGUGGUGAGAGGCUGAAGGAGAACAUCACCAAAAAAGCGCCUACCAAGGAGUCCUUCCGUAUCAAGCUCAAGAAGGAACGCGCCGUCGGUGAGGGCCAGGAGGGUGCUGAGGCAGAGGCUGGAGUGACCCCACCCAAAGGCAGGAAGUCCAGCCCGGAAGUCACCUACACAGAGGUUGUCACCGAACGAGAGGGGCCUGUAUCUGAGGAAGGAGCCACCCGCAUUCCAGAGGAAGGGAAGAGCGGGUUGGCCACAGAAGCAUCAAAAAAGUGAGAUAAUGGAUGUGAAUAAGAAAGGAAGAGAGAUAGAAAAGUGAAAUUAAAAGGAGAAUAAGUGCUAAUGGGUAUUAGAGAAGAAAAGUGUGCAUACGUGUGUGUAUGGAUGUUACACCAGAAGCUAAUUUAAUUUCCAGGAUGAAUCACAGAGUCAUAAUGAGGCUUAGUCAGAGAGACAAAAAUGAUCGGCUUGUCAUUAUUCCCAGAUUAGAAAUAAAUGCAACCUCCAUUCCUGGUGGACCACAGCACUGGAAAGGACAGUGUACAUCACUCCUGCAGGACUGAAAAACUGCACAUUAGAAACCAUACAGUACUUGAUAAUUAGCAUGUGAAUUUUGAGCGGCUGUGUGUAAUUCUAGUUAUACGCCUAGUCCUUUAAAGUAUUUAUAUUGUAGUAACAGUUUCCAACUGCAAGAUUAGCUUGUAUUUCAAACAUCUUUAUAAAUUAUAGUCUGUGUGUGUGUGUUUGAAAGGGUAUGUAAUUGACAUGCUAAAAAAAAGGUUCCUCUAAAUAAAUAUGAACAGCUGAA